AUAUACACUUACUAUGUACCCAUAAAAUAAAAACAUUUUUUAAAAGAGAGACACAUGAUGAAGAAAAAUAGGAGGAGAUAAGGAUGAGAAAGAGACAGCUGUACACCUCUUCUGCCUUUUAAAUUUUGUGCCAUGUAUAAGUAUGCUUACUUUAAAAAAAAAAGUCUUAGGGAUUGAAAUAAAAUAGAUACAAAGGCCCUCCCUCCAUCAAGAGGCCUCUAUCCCUGAUCCUCCAAUCUUUCCCACAAUUGCUCUCCAGUCCACCCUUCUGCGUUCUGCUAGAGAUACACUGCAUUUCUUAUUGCCAGAUGAACUCUAUGGCCCAUUCCCUAGUUUCAGCAUGAGCCGGUAAGUUUUUCUCCCACCAGGAAGAGUCUUUUUACCCACAGCCUGCAAUGUUAAACUUAACUUCAACUACCCAGGAGCCCUCUCUGAUGGCCAUGAUCCUCACUAUGAUUUCUCUUUUCUGAAAUGGAAUGUUUGUGGCCAGAGCCUUAUAAAUGAGUAUAAAAGUCUACUUGUACUGAUUGUUGGCUCUUGCUUUGUAUGAAUUAGUCUUGUCUUUGAACUACAUUUUUAAGUAUCUUGAGAGCAGAAAGCCAAGCUCAAAUGUCUUUGUAUUCUCAACACUCCCCAGCUUAGGGCUAAGCACAUAUUGGGUGCUUACCACAUCUGCUGGGUGGGCUGAAUACUGAGGAAGGACCAAAUAGCCUCUUCAGAGAUUUUGAGCCCAAAGGUUUCUUGGCCUGAGACCACCAUUACCAGAGCAAGACUUGCUCAAGGAAAUUCAGGAAUACUGGGAAUACUGAGGUAUUGGAGGCAUAUCACAAUAUCUACAAAAGCUAAGCAGGUAAAUCAAUAGUCUGGCUAUGAAAGUAAUGGGCCCUGAAGCGGAAUUGGAAAACACAUGCCCUGCCUAAAAAUUUAUGAAAUCCAGAUUUGAGAAAAAUAAACAACAACGAAAAAGACCUCCUCAGGCAAACGGCAUACAUCCAACCAUGAACAGCAACUAGUCACUUGUGACCCACAGUCAGAAGUGGCCGCUAACCCAUCUCUGCCAGCGUUCAUCUCCCUCAGCAUGAACGUGCCUCCAUGGAAGAUAGCAUUUACAAUCUCUCCCAACCCAUCUGCAAGCUUCAGACCACACAGACCAGAUACAUACGACCACUUUGGCCUCUCCCUACUACCCUACCACAUCAGCCAUGGUCCCCUUCCUGCUCCUCUGUUACUAAUCACCCAUUGCCUGAAACAUCAAAGACCUUCAUUUCCAAGCCAUAACCAGACUCCACCCUUCCUAAAUUCAUGUGUUUUCUCAGGUAUAUUUCCAAAACAAGUGGGAGAGUUAGUGGAGGUUCCUCUGGCCUAACCACCCCUUCUCAUAAGGUACCCCCUGUGCCAAAGCACUCAGUUCUCUGAGGAUAGGUGACCAUACAGUUGUGAAGGAGAGAGCUGAGCCAUCAGGCUGGUAUAGGGAGUGGAGAGUGAAGACGGACUAGGAAAUAGACACUGCUUGUGGCACCUUCGGUGCCAGGCUCAAAACACCCUCAUCUACAGACUGAAUCACCACAUGAGCUUCCCUACUACAUGUGCCUUAUGAAACGGGAGGGCUUUGUGAUGCAGUCCUAGUUCCAUCCUCUGUGAGGUGGACAUGACAAGGCCUAGCACUGGGAGUCAUUAGGCACCAGAACUCUGAAUGCCCAGAUAUAGGGAUGGCUGAUCUCAUGCUAAUGAGGUUUAGACCAUGUUGAGUCCUACUUUUGUUCUGUGGGAUGUUGGAUAUCCCUUAUACACCUAUGGCUCCAUCUUCAUCAUUAUUCUAAUCAUCUGGCAAGUGAAAAGGAGCCACCAUGAAUUGAGUUCGGAACCUAAAAGGAGCUGCUGCCGGUGUCACCAAAAAGUCAGGCAAAGAGCUAGAGGUGCAGCAUCAACAGUUAGGAGACGUUCCCAGGAAGAAGCUGAGAAGCCACAGAAGCUGCUCUCCAUCAUUAAAAGCCAGGGCUGGCUUCCUCCGGAGGGAAGUGUGCGGCGAAUCCUGUGUGCAGAUCCCUGCUGCCAAAUCUGCAAUUCUGUGGCUCUGGAGAUUCAGCAAUUGCUGGCGGGUGAGAACAACCAGAUCUCCCUGACUUUAUCAGGGCCAUUGCAGGUCUCCUCUUGCCUAGAGAUGCUGUCUAUGUCUAGUAUGUCUUUAGAUGAGUGUCUGGAGUUUCGUUCCUGGGACACCAGAGAGCUUUCACUGGCAUCUGUAACCCCAAUACUGUCACAAUUAACGGAUCAAAAAUCUUUAACCCAGUCAGCUGCCCAGUCAACGUAUGCAGAUGGCAUACAAGAUUACUGGGCUGAUCACCUCCAGCUAGGGCAGGAAUUUCAAGUGCCAGAUGUGCUCCGAGGCCCAAACACGAUGGCUUCUUUAAGAUUUGAGGAGCCAAGGGCUCCACUGAACCAGGAGAUGAUGCAAAGCAACCCCAGCCUUGUCCAGGGAAACCAAGGCCAGCAUCACUUGAAUUCCCAGGUCUCCUUGCUGUCCCUGAACCCAGAAACCCUGAACCUGACGCAUCCGAUGGCCUUGCAUAUGGUCCUCCCUGCCCACCUGCCAUUUCUCAGUCCUGAAGUGCUGAGGCUUCUUGAGGUACAUGUUAAAAAAUGGAUGCAUUUCCAGAGGUGGGGGCUCCCCAGACGUGUGGAGGAGUCCCUGAGGCAGCUUAUGCCAAAUCCACCAUUGUAUUACCAAUCUGGAAAUGACCAGCCAGUUUCUUUCAACCUGAAUAAUAUUUCUCAGGUCUCUCUUCAUAGAUUUCAGACCAUUUCCCUCCAGACCUGGUGUUCAUGUGUGGCUGGCCAGCCCAUCCAGACCUUCUGGGUUUCUGAAUGGUCCACUAUGAACCCAGAACAAAGACACCACUGUCAGCAAAGCCCAAACCCUAUGGCUCUAGCCUUGCCCUCUCCAGCCUUUAAAGCUCUACGUGGCCCCCAUUUACUGUCUGGGGGACAAGAUAAUGACUCAGGGAGUGCUCUCCAGCAGAAAUACAGCCAGCUAUUCUGUGGGCUCCCUUCUCUGCACAGUGAGUCCCUGGUUGCCACUUUCAUGGGAUCUCAAGGCCUCCCCAAGAAUGGAAAUGUGCCCAAGCCCCCUUUGAAGGAUCCUUUUCUCUUCAACAAGCUCUCCUUCCCUCAACUGCUUCCUAAAACUUCACCCCAGUCAGCCCCAUGCUCUUCCCUACUUUCCCCAAAUUGGGUGUCUCCAUCUGACCAUCAACAAGCUCAGAUCAAUGUCCCAUUUCUGACUCUGGCCGAGUAUGAAGCCUUGGAGUGGCACCUGCUACAGAGGCAACUCCAGCUUCAGUGGGGCUGGCCAGCUGCCCUCCAGAGGUCUCAGCACACCCAGUGCCUCAUGCAGCAUGAGCCCUGUGGCAAAGCUCAGUCUCCUGAGACCAUGACAACUUCCCAGCCAGGGAAGUCCAUCUCAGUGCUCACCAGGGAGCUACUCUUCUUCCCGGAGCAUGCCCGGAAGCUGCUGGAAUUCCACAUCCAGAAACAGUUGAUUCACCAUCGCUGGGGCCUGCCUCAGAAGAUCCAGCAGUCCAUCCAUUUGCUCCUUACCUCCACUAACCAACAGACUGUGUCCUACAGCAGCACAGCCCUAGCCAAUGUGAGCAUCCCCCAGCCUGUAGCCCUAGAGGCCAACGGGGCUUGUGAUGUGCUGUCACCCACUGUGGCCCCAGUGUCCAUCCCCAUGCCACACUUGUUAACCCAGGCCAAGGCAAUAUUGCAGAACCACAUGGACUCCAAAUGUGGACAGAUCCACCAGGGCAAGAUCCCUGCCUGUGUACAUAGGUCCAGGGACUGCAGAAUUCCUGGGGUCCUGGCAGUGGCUCCUUUACCCUGCAUUCCCGAAAGCCAGCUCCUGGAACUGCAGGCAGCAAGUGACCCAGACCUACAUCACAAAGUUAUGCCCUGGAUGCCAACGGCCCUUGAUCAGCAGCAACAGGUCUUACCAGGUACUGUCACUCAACACCCUAAGCUGCUCCGAGUCUUGUCCGUGGAAGCCAUCGAGAAACUGGAGACAACUUUACGGCACAAGUAUCUGGCCUUCCUGUCGGGGCUCCCUGCUCUGUAUUAUGUGGCGCUCUCCAGGGCCCUGGCCCCGGCAGUCACGAGCCAAUCUGUCAUCACAGAGAUGGUGCCUGCGCCUGUGGAAAUCCCAGCAGAGCCUCUGACUCAGAUGGUUUCAUUUGAAGAACAGUGUAUAAGCCUUGGGCCGUGCCCUCAAGGCAACAAUGAGACUUGUACAGACGUUGCAAAAGAAUUCCAGUCUGUAGUGCCGGUAAAAGGAACAAUGGAGACGCUGCCUCUAGAAAGCCAGACACAACCUGCUAGCCCCCAUUCACUCCAGACACAUAUCUUGACCAAACUAAACUUCCACCUGAGAAAAAAGGUCCUAGAGAUACAAUGGGGAAUUCCCAUUAAGGCAAGGGAGUCCAGGGAACAAACUGCUGCAGCACCAGAGAACAUAUCCACACAGAAGUCUCUCGAAAAUCUAAACCACCAAGGGGAGACAUUGCUCCAAGAACUGCCCAUCCCACCAGACACUCUUCCUGCCCCUAAUCCAGAAUGGGUUCACCUUAAAGAACAGCUGGCCAAUGACUUGAAGGCAGUGCAGCAGAACCAAAAGCAAUCUAGUUCCAAAGCAGUACCCCAUGGUUCUGCCCACUGGGUCUCCAAGAUCUCACAACCCAGUGGGGACAUGACAGAGGCCCACAUGCUUUGUGUUCGGGUGGAGGCCAGUGUGAACAAGCCCAGCACGGAGGAACCCUGGGGCCCUGAGCCUCAAAGCCCUGGCAAGAGCAAGGACCCAGCUCAUGUGCCCAUGCUAGCGGGAAAGAGAGAGGACUCAGAGGAAACCAAAGCAGCCAGGGACCAUGGAGAAGGGGAUGAGGGGUUUGGGCACUCCUCAACCAGAGAAGAAAGAUGCCCUGCUGAAGACCAGAGGCCAGCAGGGAUGCUUCCAAACCAGACACCCCGAGGCUUCUGGCGAUGGAGUCGUAGCUUUCAUCUCGCUGAUCCCUGUCAACACAGCUCCCAGCAUCACUCUCAGCUUAAGCUCCCACAGCUGCCUCCACGAUUCCCUGGGGGGAAAGAGUCUGAGAAUGACCUGCAAGACAGUCAAACCAAGCUAAAUGUCAUCCUUGAAUCAGCGGCAAUUCCUGAGAAUGCCCAGACUGUGGUGCCCCAGGCUUCACAGAGUCAGACUUUCCUGAGCCAACCAACUCAGGGUAAGCCCUUGCAGGGCCAAACUUUGCAAGGCCAGGUUUUACAUGAGCAGGUGAUGCCAGCCCAUGCACAAAAGAAGCCCAGCCUUCCAGAGUCUAGCUUGAGAAAUAAAAUUAAAUCUUUUCUGCAGCGUAUUAACCCCAAGACAAAAGGCAAAGGGCAUGAGGACUCCAUGUUCUCAGCUGCAAAAGUGGCCAAAACCAGAAAAGAAAAUGUUGCAAAGAGCCUGGCUCCAGCCAAGAGCCCUGUGGGGAGAAGUAAGACAGAGAAGCCAACAGGGUACUCCAAGGCCCAAUCUUGUCCUUCUGAGAAGCUGGUGGGCCCAGCCUUCUUGGAUGGUCCCCAGUCUCUAGACAAUAAGCUCUGGCUACACUCCAGACAAGCUGGCUCUGCCUCAGCCCCGGGCCACCCCCGCCACUGCCCUCGUCACUGUCCUCGAGAGGCUUGUGCCACCAAACCAGGGUACCCACCCUAGCUCCUGACCCUCAUUUGAGAUAGAAACAUUGGUCUGCUCAAGGAGAACACGCAGAGCCAUGAAAAAGAGUUUAUAGGCUCCCCAGCUGCUGCAGCCCUCCAGAGGACCAGUAUCAUCGUUUCCAUAAAUGUGCAGGUGGGGCAGGGUGCCACCAGAAAUACACUCUAUAUUUCUCAGCAAUACGUUGUCUGUCCGGUUCUUGUCUCCGCUGUAUUGUAUUAAGGGAAGGUGUGAGGGAGGCUAAAAAGUCCUUCCUGUCUAGGGAAGGAGCUUUAGCUUACGUUUCAGAUGGGUCACCAUUCCACAUCAAAGAAGAAAAGCCCUUAUCUAGAGUGCACUGAAGCUAAAGGUCAUGCUUGAUUUCUGAACAUUUACCAUCCAUCCCACCAGAAUAUUUUCCACUGUCCCAUAAUUCCAGGGCCUAGGAGAGUACUGAAUGCAUAGUAAGACCUUAUAUUAGUUGAAUCCAAAGUCAGGGUUGUGGAGACAGACAAAGCAUUGAUCAUUGUAAUGGGGCUAUGAGGUGUGUGGUAGUGCCACAGGAGGAAGUAAUCAGCUGGUGAGGAGGAAUCCACAAUAAAAAUUACUUUGAGAAGCA